AUGAAGAGUAAGCUGAAUAUGAGUGGCUCGUCGGCCUUCUUUACUUAUGUGAAGUCGAUUGCAGUGAUGAAGGGUGCUCAAGUGACAGACCCGAAUGAUAAAGAUGCUGCUAAAAGCAAGACUAUUGAAGGAAAUCCUAAGUUUUCUGAUCAAAAUGUGAUUAAUGAUGCUCAAGUAUGUGAGAAUGGAUGCACAUGGGAGAAGUAUUGUUGGGGAAAUCAAAUACCGAUGCCAUCAUCACCAUCCGGUCCAUUUCAGAACAACCACCCCGACCAUCGAAAUCGUGCUAGUUUCUUGCCUGAACCGCGCUACAAUCAUCUUCAACAAUGUCAUUCCCAUCCUCAUGCAAGUACUGGGAUGGGGGCAUCAUUUCCGUACUACCAGGUUGAUAGAAGAGAGGCAGCAUUGAUCAAAUUCAGGCAGAAAAAGGAAAGUGCGUUGCUUCGAUAUGCUAAUCGGAAAUCGCUAGCCGAAACGCGAACUCGCGUGAAAGGAAAAUUUACGAGGAAUGUAAAUAAUAUGACGAUCGAUCUCAACGGCCAACCUGCUUCUGCGGAUGAAGAAACCGAGGAGGCAGCAGCAUCAAAGGAUUCUUCUCAUCAAGAUGGUUUUUCAACAAAAAGUUAG